AUGGAGUUGCUUUCGUAUAGUACAUCCGCUCCACCCUGGAAGUGGAGCUUGAUGACGAUCGCCAUGGUGAUACAGAGUAUAAUUGCAAUGCCUCUACGAGAGGUCGAGGCGUCAAUUGAUAAAUCUCCAUCCCACUGGGUGGACAUUUGGACCACAAUGCCCCAGCUGGUGGAGUCCUAUAAUCUCCCACCAGCUCCGUUUAAUGGGUCAACGGGCGUAUUUCUCAAUUCCACCCUUCGACAGACGGUCCAAGUGGGGUUAGACGCUACUGAAAUCCGCAUUCGCCUGUCUAAUGCAUUCGGGCCAAACGAUCUGAAGGUAGACAAGGUGGUCAUCAGUCUCCCGCAGGGCCAGAAAGCAGGCACCAAUACCAGCGAUCUGAAUUCUACUGCGAGGGUAGAAUUUGGCACGAGCCCAACCAUCACCAUUCCAAGCGGGGCCUUGGCUGUAUCAGACCCCAUUGCAUUUCCCCUCGCAGCGCAGUCGAUCUUGAUGAUCGAUAUCUAUCUUGCAGCAGGACAGGAGGGGUUUUCCAUAACCGGACACCCAGGGAGUAGAACCACAUCCUACCUUGCAGCGGGAGACCAAACCGGCGUGCAUUAUUUGAGUGGAGAUGGCGUCCAGGAGACGGAACAUUGGUAUUUCAUCAGCGGCAUCGAAGCGCACUUAUCGCAUGAGGCUGGGGCGUUCGUCAUUCUCGGCGACAGCAUCACAGACGGAAAGGCAAGCAUUACGAACGCGAAUGACCGAUGGCCCGAUUUACUUCUCGACCGAAUGCGUCACCACGCGGCGACGAAAAAGCUGGCCGUGGCUAAUCAGGCGGCCGGUGGGAACCGUGUUUUGCACGAUGGCCUGGGGCCCAGCCUUGUGAGUCGGAUUGACCGGGACGUGCUCGCCCAGUCUGGCGUGACCCAUGUGAUGCUUUUCGAAGGAGUGAAUGAUAUCGGCGUCGCGGCCCCCGAUCGAGAGUCCCAGCUCUACGUGGGAGAUCAACUCAUGGUCGCAUACCAGCAGAUCGCAACCCGAGUGCAUGCCGCGGGCCUGCCUCUCUACGGAGCUACAAUUACUCCAUUUGGAACCCCAUCGAGCUCUAAUUAUACGCAGCCAUAUUCGAGCCUCGAGAGGGAAAAGACGCGCCAACGAGUGAACACCUUCAUCCGUACAAGCGGCGUCUUCGAUGCGGUGAUCGAUUUCGAUCAAGCCGUGAGGGACCCGGCAGAGCCUUCUCACCUCCUCGCAAUCUAUGAUUCCGGAGAUCAUCUCCAUCCCAAUGAGGCUGGCUACCAUGCUCUGGCGGACUAUUUCCCUCUUGAUGUGUUCAAUCGAGUAGGCCCGGUAUGGGGCUCAGACUAA